CUGGGGAUGGCCAAGAGCACGGAUGCACCAGUGCAUCUAGAGACCACGAGUGGCCUGGACGAAGGGAAAAGUCAGUGCAUCGCUGUACUUCAAGUCAAUCACUACGCCAACUUAAGUAGCUUUAACUAAAAUGGAAAAGUAUGAAAAACUGGCUAAAAUUGGGGAAGGGUCUUAUGGGGUUGUAUUCAAGUGCAGAAACAAGUCAUCUGGACAAGUGGUAGCAAUAAAAAAAUUUGUGGAAUCCGAAGAUGAUCCAGUUGUUAAGAAAAUAGCGUUGAGAGAAAUACGUAUGCUGAAGCAGUUGAAACACCCAAACCUUGUGAACCUCAUCGAGGUAUUCAGAAGAAAGAGAAAGAUGCAUUUAGUUUUCCAGUACUGUGAUCACACGCUGUUAAAUGAGCUGGAGAGAAACCCGAACGGUGUUCCUGGUGGAGUCAUCAAAAGUGUGUUGUGGCAAACCCUUCAAGCCCUUAACUUCUGCCACAAACAUAAUUGUAUUCAUCGGGAUGUAAAACCUGAAAACAUCCUAAUAACCAAGCAAGGAAUGAUCAAGAUUUGUGACUUUGGAUUCGCACGGAUUCUGAUUCCAGGAGAUGCCUACACAGACUAUGUUGCCACCAGGUGGUACCGAGCCCCUGAACUUCUCGUGGGAGACACGAAGUAUGGUUCCUCUGUGGAUGUGUGGGCUGUCGGCUGUGUUUUUGCAGAGCUCCUGACAGGUCAGCCACUCUGGCCAGGAAAAUCAGAUGUGGACCAACUUUAUUUGAUCAUCAGGACACUGGGGAAACUCAUCCCAAGACAUCAGUCUAUCUUUAAGAGUAACCAGUUUUUCCGUGGCAUCAGCAUACCUGAACCAGAAGACAUGGAGACUCUAGAAGAAAAAUUCUCAAAUGUUCAGCCUGUGGCUUUAAGUUUCAUGAAGGGGUGUCUAAAGAUGAACCCAGAUGACAGACUGACCUGUGCCCAACUGCUGGACAGUGCCUAUUUCGAUUCUUUUCAAGAGGAUCACAUGAAGAGAAAAGCCCGCAUUGACGGAAGAAGCAGAAGACGUCAGCAGAAUCAACUGUUGCCUCUUAUACCUGGAAGCUGCAUCUCCCCCACACCUGAUGGAAGAAAACAAGUCCUCCAGUUAAAAUUUGAUCAUCUCCCUAACAUUUAGGGGACCUGCUCUUCUCAGUGUAUUCAUUUAACAUGUAGAUAUAUUUGGAUAUACAUAACUCAAAUUCUAACCCUAACCCUA